GUUUCAAACAUGUUUCGCUGUCCCACCAAGUCAUCCCCAUGGUACGACUGGUGCCAAGAGCUUACACAUCUUGCGCGGAUGCCUAUCUCACCCCUCACGUGAAGAGAUACGCGGACGGGUUUUCGUCAGCUUUCAAGAAUAACCUUCAAGGGACCAGAGUUCUCUUUAUGCAGAGCGAUGGUGGUCUAACGCCGAUGGAGAAUUUCAAUGGCGCCAGAGCUGUUCUUUCCGGACCAGCUGGGGGGGUAGUAGGGUAUGCAGUGACAACAUGGCAAAAAGAAACUGACCUCCCGGUGAUCGGCUUUGACAUGGGCGGCACCUCCACGGAUGUUUCAAGGUUUGCCGGUAAUUAUGAACAUGUUUAUGAGAGCACUACCGCUGGGGUGAUUAUCCAGGCGCCACAAUUGGACGUCAAUACAGUAGCUGCUGGUGGAGGAUCUAUGCUUUUUUUCAGGUAA